AUGUCCCUCGAUGCGCCGGCGUACAUUGUGUCGCUCCAGAACAACAUCCGGGCACGGCCAAUCUCAUGGGAGGGAGCUGUACGGGCGAAGACGAUCACAGACGAAGAUCUCAAGAAGAUCAAGGCAAUCGACAAAGUGCGGAAAGAGCAGCGGAAGGCCACCAUAGAAGGCGAUGUACAGACAUAUACAGAUCUGCUGCUGGGCAAUGCAGAGGACACCAGGAGCAUAUUUGCGAGCGCUGCGAAACGACCCGAUAUUCUGCAGUAUAUGCUGGUCUUGACUGGAGAUUUGGUUGAUGACAUCCCAGCCUUGACACAGUCGCUCAUCAAGCACAUGCACCCCUACACGCCAUUCUUGCCUCUGCUGAAGCAGUCGAACAACCCAGAAGAUCCGAUCCCACUGCUGACAUCUUCUGUCCUAUCGUCGCUACUCUCACACGCCGUCACUGCGCAGCCAAAGUCCAACGGCGAGAUCGACGAGGCCCUUCCAAAGCUCUACUCCUACAUCGCACAGCUCAUGCAGAACUCCGACUCGAACCUCCAGGACAUUGCAGUACAAGAAUACAGCGCGCUUCUCCGAGUAUCGAAGUCAAGACAGCAAUUCUGGAAGCAGCGGAAAGAGACGCUUGGUCCGUUGAUCGAUGUGCUCCGCAAUGCGACUGGCGGCAAGGAUACCGAGAGCACAGCAUAUAACGGCAACUCGGCAGCAGGAAGCAUACGAAGCAUACAGACGGGUUCGAAUGUCAAGAUCCGCGGAGUCGGCCUACAGCUGCUGUAUCAUAUCUUGAUGGUCAUCUGGCAGCUGUCAUUCGAAGGCCAGCUUGUAGGCCAAGGUCUGGACGAGGAACACGACAUCAUACCUCUCUAUGCACAGCUCCUACGAGUGUCACCCAAAGAGAAGACCACACGACUCAUCCUUGGAACCUUGAACAAUUUGCUGUCAUCGAACAAGAACGCCCUUAUGCCAGCCGCGCUUCCCGCAAAGCUCCCUUCGAUCUUGACGAACCUCAAGAGCAGACAUCUCACAGAUCAAGAUCUACUGGAGGAUCUCGAAAAUCUUACGACGAUGGUCGAUGAAUACACCAAAACCCAGACCACAUUCGACGAGUACUCAGCGGAAGUCAAGUCUGGUCACUUGCGCUGGUCACCUCCACACAAGAACAAGGACUUUUGGCGCGAGAACGCACAGAGGAUCAUCGAGGAAGACCGAGGUGAGUUGUGCAAGAAGCUGGCAGAGAUCCUCGGCAAGGACUGGCAGAACGACAAGCAAGUGCUUGCCAUUGGAUGUAGCGAUGUUGCCUUCUUGGUGAAAGAGUGUCCUGAGAAGCGGCAACAGCUCGAAAGGCUUGGCCUGAAGACCCGGGUGAUGGCUCUCAUGCAGGACGAGAACGAGACAGUACGAUGGGAAAGUCUGCGAGCCGUUGGGGAGUGGUUGAGGUAUAGCUUUGACCAGCAAUAA